AGGCUAAAAGUGUAUUUAAAGAAACUUUAGCAUGAUAUUACCAUGACGUCCUUUUAACCGUGUUAUUUGUUUUACAUUUAUGAUAGGUUUCAUUGAACGGGACGAGUUCCAUCAUUUCCCCAUAGCUUUUUAGGAACCUUAAAUUUGACCUAUUUUCACUUACGUCGUUAUAUGAUGCUCAGCGCUAACUAUUUAACGUAUACUUAAGCCUAAACUCGUCUGGUGUUUGUCAAAGUUAUCACCCAAGCAAUGUUAUGUUAACAACUCAAUGUUAUGAACAACAACUAGGAUACGUCUGCCUCACAGUUCUGAAGUUCAGGUUUAGACCUUGCUGCGUAGAGUUUGAAUGUUUAUCUAUCAUGGCUAACAACAAGUCUAGAAUCUCCAAAGUGAGCUUGGACAGGUCCCAUUGCAACUUUAAUGUGGAUACGCGCCAUAGAAAAUGGAUGGAUGGAGGUCCAGGGUACCAUCAUGAUGAGAGAUCAGGGCAGGUAGAGGACAUGGACUUGCAACCACCAACUGAAGUGGAAAACAUCUACUGAAACAUCCAUUUCAAUGCAACUAUGGCCUCGGCGCCGUCCGGCCCGGGCGCCGCCCCUCUGGCCUCGCAGGUUCACGCCGCCGCUGUCAAUGGCGACAGGAACGCGCUGCUCAAACUCAUCACAGCAGAGCCAAUCCUACGGGACUGCGAGCAUCAGUUUGGCCGCACCCCUCUCAUGUACUGCGUGCUGGCUGAUCGCCUGGACUGCGCCGAGAUUCUCCUAAAGGCCGGAGCAACAGUCAACAAAAGCGACCACAGCCAGCGCACGGCACUGCACCUCGCCGCACAGAAGGGAAAUGUCCGUUUCCUCAAACUGCUGCUCUCUCGGCACGCCAACUGGCUGCAGAAAGACUUGGAAGGGAUGACCCCGCUGCACCUCGCCACACGACACCCUUCUCCCAAAGCCCUCGCCUGGCUGCUCAAACACAUCGGCCCCGGUGAGGUCGACACACAGGACAAGUACAAGCAAACCGCCUUGCACUGGUCAGCGUUUUAUAACCGUCCGGAGCACGUUCGCCUACUCAUCAAGCACGACUCCAACAUCGGCAUCCCCGACAGCGAGGGGAAAAUCCCCCUGCACUGGGCCGCGCAUAGCCAGGAGGCCAGCGCCACGCAAACUGUCCGCUGUAUACUGGAAGCAGCUCCCACAGAGUCCCUGCUGAACUGGCAGGACUAUGAAGGCCGGACGCCGUUGCACUUUGCCGUCGCCGACGGUAACGAGGCAGUGGUGGAAUUGCUGACGUCCUACGAGGGCUGCAACGUCACCGCUUAUGACAAUCUCUUCAGGACACCGCUGCACUGGGCCGCACUUCUCGGUUACCCCAGAAUUGUCCAUCUGCUUCUGGAGAGGAACAAGUCAGGCACCAUUCCCUCAGACAGCCAAGGAGCGACACCUCUACAUUACGGAGCACAGAGCAACAAUGCUGAGACAGUCGGUGUGUUUCUUUCCCACCCAUCGGUGAAGGAUGAGCCCGACCUGGAGGGCAGGACGGCCUUCAUGUGGGCGGCCGGGAAGGGCAGCGACGAUGUCAUCCGCACCAUGUUGUCCCUCACGCCACACGUUGACAUCAACAUGGCCGACAAGUACGGCGGCACAGCGCUGCAUGCAGCCUCCCUGUCAGGCCACGUCAGCACCAUCGAAUUGUUGUUGGAGAAAGGAGCCAUGGUGGACUCUCUGGAUGUGAUGAAACACACGCCGCUGUUUCGUGCUUGCGAAAUGGGACACAGAGACGUCAUCCUCACGCUCAUCAAAGGCGCCGCACGUGUGGACCUCGUGGACGUGGACGGUCACACUGCUCUCCACUGGGCAGCUCUGGGAGGGAACGCUGAGGUCUGCCAGAUACUGAUGGAAAAUGGGAUCAGCCCCAACGUACAGGACCAAGCAAGACGGACUCCUUUGCAGUGUGCCGCCUACGGUGGCUAUAUCACAUGCAUGGCUGUUCUAAUGGAGAAAAACGCUGAUCCAAACAUACAAGACAAGGAGGGUCGGACUGCUCUCCACUGGUCGUGCAACAAUGGCUACCUGGACGCGGUGAAGCUCCUGCUGGGCUACGGCGCUUUUCCGAACCACAUGGAGCACACAGAGGAGAGGUACACGCCGCUGGACUACGCGUUGCUGGGAGGCCACAGCGAGGUGACCCAGUUCAUGUUGGAGCACGGCGCUCUGUCCAUCGCCGCCAUCCAGGACAUCGCCGCCGCCUCCAUCCAGGCCGUCUACAAGGGCUACACGGUCCGCAAGGCCUUCAGGGAGAGGAAGCAACUCCUCAUGAGGCACGAGCAGCUACGCAAGGACGCCGCCAAGAAGCGAGAGGAGGAACUGCGGCGGAGAGAAGCCGUGCAGCAAACAUCUGCCGCGACUCCAAAUGAACGAAAAUUGUCUCUGGAGACCACCGAGCAGGAGAACCUCUCCUUGGUGAACCUGGUGGCGGAUUUAUCCAUGAAGGACUCAAUGGUGGAGACCAAGAAAACAACUAAACCUGAACGGCGGAGCAAAGAGGAGAGACACAAAGGCCAUCGGAGCAGAUCCACAAGGAGCAAACUUGCCGAUCCACCUGACACUGCGAGCCCUGAAAGUCACGUGACAUGCGACAUGGCGACCAGAUUGAAGGACCCGCGCUCUCCUAGCAGACAAGCAUCACCCAGACGACUCUCAGUCAGGGAGCAAAGACAGUCGUCGUUCACAAACGUCUCUUCCACGAGCGUUUCCGACACAGCCGCCAUAACUGAUUCCCCGAAACGCAGACACCACAAGGCCAGAGAUCCCGCACGACCCGCUGGGGCCUCUUUGAACACGAGAAGCCCUUCAAGGAAACAUCACGCCACCGCGAGCACGCCACGGGCACACGACCGAGAGCUGCGCAGGAGGAGGAACGAGGCGGCCGGGGUCAUCCAGCGAGCGUGGCGAAGGCUCCUCGCACGCAGACACAAGGAAAGCGAAGCUUACAAGGGGGCGGAGUCAAGUGAUUUUAACCACGCCCACACCAGGAAGAAGCGGACGGAGACGCGAGGUCCUCCUACGAAAACUGCAGCUAGUAAGACGACGGCGCUGCAAAAUAUUUACGGAAACUCCUUGGCCAUUCGGGGGCAUCCUUCCUUCCGAGGGUCUCAGUCGCUCUUGAACGUGCCUUUACGCACACAGAGCCAAUUUAGCGGUUUGGACUGCGUGCACUUGACUGACACGGUGAAUCAAGCCAGGCAGUUUUCCUACCACCUGAGGCCGCAAAGCGCCAGGCAGGGUCGGGGCCAUCGAGGAAAGCCUUGACGUGCAACCAAGUACAUUUUUUUUCCAUGUUUUCUCAGCUGGCCCGGCAGCCCCUUACUUACUUCCACAGACUUACUGUAUACAUUGUUCGUUUCUAAAAUUAAGCCGUAAGACAUCAGAGCCAUGACCUCACUGGGCGGGGGGGGUUAAGUCUACCGAAGUGGCUUGUGUAAAAGAUAACCUUUCAUCCAUUGUGAGGAGGUACACGCACGCACGUACACGCGUGUGACUCACGCUCACACACAGAGAUAACCUUUCCUCGUGUUACGGAGAAUGAGCCAGUCUAUCAACAGCCGCUCAUGAACUCGGCCCACCUGCAGAAACGCACACACAAUCUAAAAAUAUGUCAGGUCUAUUCCAAUACACACUUAAAAUUGCGAAAAUGUUUUUUUUUAUCAAAUUACUCGUUCACACAGAAAUUUAUUGUCGGCUAUUUGCAUAGACAUAAAAUCAGUAAUAUUGAUUUUAAUACAUGGGCCCGUUUACAUUGAAACACAUUUUUUGCUCAAAUCUGCACUCCAUUUUUUGAAGGAUUUUCUUCUCACCAAACAUUCCCUUUUUUUUUUUCUUUUUAAAAAAGGAAAUAGAUGAACUAUUUUCCUAACUUCAUUUAUAAACUAGCUAUUCAUACAUGAAUUUGUUAUCUUUAUGCAAUAUAAUGAGGGACUAAUCAAAUUGGCCCUCUGAGGGGAACUACAAUAAGUCCUCUGACAAAAAUUCUCUCACAUGAACACACAACCGGACAUUGUUUUUUGUUUUAUAUAAAAAUUGAAUUUGCUCACAAAAUCCUUGUGUAACAUUCACAGUUACACCUUAUUGUAACUUGAUUUUCUUUUUGUAUAAUAAAUGCAAGUAAAAGUGGACUCAAAUGUAAA